AUGAAAAUACUACCUGCAAAGCAAAGCUUUUGCUGCCUUGUUCUAUUGGUGUUGAUGACCAGCCAUUACAUAGUAUUCCAUUUUCACUACGUUCGGAGUACCCCUGCGGUAGUAUCGGAAUUCCAAACCAGGGAAGGGAAGACUCGUAUCUCCUCAAAUCUGCACCAAGAACCAUUUGAUCGGUUGUCUUUCCUCACAUGGGAGAUGCAUCCGGGCUCCCAAAAGAUUCACCAGAUUGGUAGGAGGCCACGUCUGUUGAUAGCCCAAACGGUGUCCAACUUUUAUACGCCCUUGUUGGUUGCUGGUCAGCCAGUGAAUCAGGCCUACGCAAGAGCAUAUGGUCACGAUUACGUCGUUGCGAGAGGCAUUUACCUGGUGGACGAAAGACGGAAUGAAACGCAGAUGACCGCACCGGACUCACGAGCAGCGUACAACAAAAUUGCUCUUUUGAGCUACGCCUUGCGUGAGGGAAAGUACGACAAGCUGCUGGUGCUAGAUUCUGACGCCAUCAUCCGCGAUUUUGACGUAGAUUUUGCCACAUACGGAUAUGAUCCGGACAUUCUAUUGUUUGCCCAGUCGGUCGGUUCAGGAAAUCCAACAAACUAUUGGGACGUGAACAACGGAGUGACGCUUUGGAAUCUACGUCACGACUCGUUCGUUUCAAUAUGGUUCGAAUGGUAUCGACGUUCGGUGGAAAAAGUGUAUCGGGGUUUCAGGGAUGAAGACCAAUCAGUAUUGCAUGAGGUUUUGAAAGAGAUGCCGGACGAAAGUCGUCCGGUACGCGGGGUGAACUACUUUUGCUGUGUCUUGGGAUCUUUAAUCCAGCACUUCCCUCGUACAAACCACCGAGUUUUCACUGUGAUGGCAGAUUCCCGUUUGCAAAGCUUGAAGGCUGCCGCUAAUGCUACUUUUGUACACUAUGCUGCGCUAAUUAAUCGAACGGCCACUGAAGAUUAA